AAAAAAAAAAACCCCUUCGAGCGUCCUCUUCUUCCCAUGCCACAAGCCCUUUCUGCCCUCUCCAUCUACUCCCCAUGAACGUUUCAAAAUUGUUGUCUUCGUAUAAGAUACCUUCUCUUUCUACCUCUCGUCUCAGCAUGCAGUUCCACUGCGUCGACGCCUGCGGUAACCUCAACCUCCCCCGCUCCUUUCUACGGUUCCGCCCCCACCUUCCUCUCCCCCCUUCCCCUCUCCUCCCUGGCGCUAGGGUUUCCGCUGCCCUCAGCGUCUCAUGCGGCUCCGCCGAUGGCCGUCAGAGGCCGCGGAGGGGGAGAGCGGAGGUCGUCAAGGCGAAGAAGAAGGAGAAUGUGUGGAGCGUCGACAACGAGCUUGCCGCCAGGGCCGCCGCGGAGGAUAAGGCAGCGGCACUCAGGAGGAGGAAGAAGAAGGCAAGGAGGGUGAGGUCCGCCGGGGAGAGGGAUCCUAGGGUUCUGGUCUCUGGGGCCAUGCUGAUGGAGAUCGAGACCGUUCUCCAGACUCAGGAACCUGUUAUUAAACCAGCAUGGGAUACCUUUGCCAGUAGUGUCAGUGGUAUAUGGAAGGGUGUUGGAGCAGUGUUUUCACCAUUCACUGCUGAGAUUGAGCCGAUUGGAGUAGGUGUCCAAAAUGAAAAUCUUUAUGAUGCCUAUACUCUUUCCUGCAUCGAGAAGGUUCCGCCUGAGGGCCCUUGUUCCCAAAUCAUAAGAAAGUCGAAUUGGGUGGCUUUGAACCCUCUCGGAGAAACACGUCAACAUGUCAGGGGAGCUGAAAGAGAUCAUGAAAGAGACAGGCACCCUGUCCCUGCUACUUAUGAUUUCCCGAUUUAUGAGUCCUUCAACUUUGAUAAGUGUGAACUGUUCGAAGAAGAUGUGAUGGGCAUGGAGCCAGGUCUUGUAUUCUUUGAGGAUGGAUCUUAUUCUAGAGGUCCAGUGGAGAUACCAGUUGGCGAUUAUGAUCAAUCUAAGUACUAUCUUUCUCCAACUUUUAAGUUUGAACAAUGUUUAGUGAAAGGAUGCCACAAGAGACUGCGUAUCAUGCACACUAUUGAGUUCAGUGAAGGGGGAUCCGAUAUACAAAUAAUAAGGGUUGCUGUUUAUGAAGAACAGUGGGUCAGCCCAGUUAAUAUCAAUGACGGGAAUGAUGUGCAGUUCGACUUGAAACCUGUCUCACAAAGAAAACGAACACAACCAUCAGAACUGACAGGUUCUUGGAAGGUAUUUGAAGUGAGCGCAACACCAAUCUAUGAUGAAGACUCAGCAGCUGAUGAAAGUGGGCUGCCUUACGUGUAUUUGUGCACAGAGACCAUGAAGAAGAGGAGCUUGCCAGAGAGCUCUGUUUACUUUGGGGAGGAAGAGAUGCUCGACAUGCAGGAUGUAACUGUUCUUUGGCUGCCAGGUGGUGUCACUGGGUAUGUUGAUGUGAACAAAGAGGGCAUCCUUUGUAUAGGUGUUGGGUGGUACUCAGAUGAAGGGAUCAACCUUGUGAUGGAGAGAGAUUAUGGGAUGGAUGGCAAGCUUAAGGAGGUCAGGUGGAAAUCUGAAGUUAAGAGAAGGUGGACGAAUCCACAUGAUGCGUAACUUUCUUUUCCUUUCAUCUCUUUGUUUUUUCAAAAAAGCCCUUUUUGACUUUUUUUUUUUUUUUAAAUCCAAGCUCUUCUGAUUGUGCAUUCGUGUAUAUGAUAAAUGUCAAGCCAGACACAAAAAGGAAGAAAAAGUUGUAAAACCAUGAUGAUGAAAGGUCCCCAUACAUCCCAGAUUUGUAAAUGGCCAUUUUCAUGGAUUAUUGUUUCGCUCUCAUGAGGGCUGACUUCCAAUUCAAGCAGAAUUAGAAAUUCUACCGGUGCAAAAAUGGCCUUGUCUGAUCCUAUGAAGUUGUUAGAUCUUUCUUGUUAUUUGGAUUGAUGGGCGCGGUAUCAUAAGCUUUACCGGUGGCAAUAUGAAAGUUCUUUGUUGUAACGUCCGUGCAUCUUUCUGCAUCUGAAGCUUGUACCUUAUGGAGGUUAUAGCGAGUGGCCUUUGAGCUUGGUACACUUUGACCAGUUGGAAAAGAAUUUGUAUCGAUCAUGGUACAGGGUAUGCUAAUGUGCUAGUGUGGAUGAUAUUUGGGGUCUCGGUCAAGCUUUCUGGUGCUACUGCAUGGUUAUCUUUACAUAACUGGUGGUUUAUAGAAAGAAGUGGCAUCUGUUCGAUUUUUUGUUCCAUUAUGUACCAUACAUAUCUAAAACAGAGGCUUUACCGUAUGGAGCCCUCCAUUUACAAUGUGGAUACUGUAUUAAUGAUAUGUAUGCAUUGAUCUGGCUUGUUUGGAA